AUGUCUGAUAUCAGGGACCUUGAACAUGUGUCCUUAUGUAUUUUUAUUCUUCUGUCGGUCUUCAUUGUUGUUGCCAAUACUUUUACUGUAAUUGUUUUCUGGAUUCAUCGCAACAAGCUAAAGCGGACAUUCUUUCUCGUCAUUAACUUGACUGUUGCUGACUUUCUUGUUGGACUCACUGCAAUAAUUGUGGCAGGACUGCCAAUAGCUAAUCUUCCGCAACAGACAGGACUAAGAAAAAUGUUGGGAUAUCAGAGUUUGGCAGCAUCCUUCCACGCCUCUUCUUCAGCAUCUGUGUUCUUUCUUGUACUUAUUUCAUUGGAACGCGCCUUCGCAUUGAUCUGGCCGCUUCGACAUCGUGUAACAGGCACCAAGGUUUACAUCUACAGUGUGGCUAUCGGUUGGUUCGCUGGCAUAGCUAUGGGUGUAUUUAAUUUUCUGUCGACGUAUGAGAUUCUAGAUUCUGUGCAUUAUUCAGUUGGAUUCUCUGUUGUCAUAAAUUUCUGUUUGGUUACGAUCUGUGUGUCGUACCUAUCGAUCCGAAAACAAAUUAACAACAGGAAUCCAGCUAUUGACUCCGCUCAUAGAAUGCAAAGUGCUGAACAAAACACAAGACUGUCCAAGACAUUCUUCAUCGUGGUAGGUGUCUCUAUCGCAUUUUGGGCUCCAAGCGUUACAUUUUACUGUGCACGUGAUUUGGGUCUAAUCGUGUAUCCCGAGUUUGUAAAGUACAUCAUCACCAUGUUACAUCUAAGUAAUUCUCUUGUGAACCCAAUAAUUUAUAGCUUAAGAAUGCCAAUAUUCUUGAAAAGCUUCAGAAAACUGAAACAUAAGUGUUGUAAAAUUCCAAAGCGAUAGAAAAGUGACGCUGUUAGCGAUGAACACCCGUAACAUAAUAUAUAGAUUUAGCCAGGGCUAAAAGCGAGGCUCCCAUUAGUAAAUUUAUAAUUUAAAUUAAACAAUAAACUUGUAUUCGAAUUCCACAAUUCAGUGAACUUUAGAGCACAUUUAUGUGACUUUUGAGGGAAAGGCUACCUGAUUUUAGAGAAAAAUAAUUUGCAAACAGCCCAAGAGUGAACCAAAUCUUACAUCGAGUUGAUAGCCUCAUAUGUACACUCAAAAACUGGUAAUCAUCUUUUAUUACAUUUAAGAGCCGUAAUGGCUAUUGAUCACCGUGGAUCAAUUAGGCUUAGAAAAAACCAGGCCAACGUUUUGGCGUUCGACAAGUUUACUUUUUGCAAAAUCUUGCCAACAAAUCUGGGUGCGUGUAAACCAACCUUUUAUACCAUGGACAGAAAGCAGUAUUUCACAAUACAAAUUGCUCUCAUUCAAUAUUCAUAAACUGUUAAAAAAAAUUUUCCAAAAUCCCCUAUACGGCCAUCCGGUUCUCACUUUUGUAGUGCGAGCUGUAGCGAGUGUUUGAAUGAACAUUAACAGAGUUACGCUCCAAGAUAAUAAAGAAUUUAUCAUGUUUAUUUUUUAUUUGAUGGUUUAACGCGCGGCAUUUUGAGAACUCCUGCAAGCGAUGUUCACUGAACGACUGAAAACAAUCGGCAUAGCGAUUAAAAUUGCAAGAGAGACUACUAACAAUCAAUAAAAGAAAUAUAAUUCGGUGAAACAUAAACAGAGACAACAAUUUUCAUUCAGGAAGACAAGUAUUAAAGUGUCCCUAAAUAUCCUGAAUUCUCAAGCUUCAAGCUUAAGUUUGCUGAAGUUUAUGUUUUAAGCCAGCUUCCCGGUGUUUGUUUUUUCAAAGACGAACUCGAGGCAAGAAAAUCGCUCAAAGCUUUCUUUUCCGGCUAGAAUUAUAACUAAAGAUUCUUUGGAACAUUUUCUUUCUAUUUGCGGUGAGAAACUGUCUAAAGGCUUUUUAAAGUUCUGUAAGAUUAUAUCAAACCAGAUACUCGGUGAGAUCGUUGUCUCAAAUCUUACAAACGCGCAUAAACUAAAUUCCCGCAUAAACUACGCUCCACUUCAUUAAAUUAGAUACAAAAACAAACAUGAAAUACAAUAAUUUCUCUGGCUUACCAUUCGAGAUGCAGCUCCUGAAAGUUAUCAGGUAAAGCCAGUAUCGCUUCAGACUUUGCAAUCCUCUUACGCAUCAAGCAAGGUGAAAACGAAAACGAUGCCAUCCGAAAUCGGAUUUCCGACUUUGACAAGCGACGUUUUCUCAACCAAAAACCCAAUAAACAAACUAGCCAUGAGUAACAGAAGACUCCUGAUAGCAGCUGAAUUUCAUUUUGUACAUCCAGUGGAAAAAAGACAGUUAAAAACAUCACAAGUUGACGCAAAACUCUGUCAGCUUCAGCUGUUAAAGUAAACAAGAUUCAAGAUGCUGCAUAAAUUUUGCGCAUGAACUCACCUGUCAAAUUUUGACCAAUCAGAGCAUAAAAAUUGGACGUAGAGCGUGACCAACGCGUGACCAUUGUGAGAACAAAAGCAACUGUCUUCCUGCCUGUAACAGCUGGCUGAAUUUUCACGUCCGAGGUCAGUUUGCAAUCAAAAUUUUAAUUGUGCAGCACAUAAACACAACAUAUUUCAUAUGAAUUAAGAAAAAAAAAUUGAACUUGAGCCUGCGAUCACUUGAAAACUAGUUUACUUGUCAGCGGAUAACUUUAAAAAUACUUGACCUCCACGGGUCGACACCUGAGCCCGCGAUACGGUCAAGUGAUACUGGUCAGCGGGUACUCUGUUUUGACAGCUGUCAAUUGAUCAAAACAUUGAUGUCCAAUAUGUGUGCAUUAUCAGUUUUCCUGUGCUCCCAAACUUGUAAAAGUAUGAGAUUGAACGUUGUUCGCGAUCUAGUAAAACAGUUAACUGGUCAGCGGACAGCUUCCAAAUAAAUCACGUCACCUCGAUGAGUUGACACAUGAGCCCGCAAUAUGGUCAUGGGAUACUGGUCAGUGGCUAUCCUGUUUGGACAGCUGUCAAUUGACCAUAUUGUUAAUGUCCUAUAUUAAAGAUGUGGACUUGCCAAGACACGCCUGAGACACCCCUCCCUUCCUUUUGAUAGUCUCCCCUACCCCACCCAUACAAUCUGUAGACGCGUACGUACGUACGUACGUACGCUCGGUCAAUCACGUGACAACCAAACGAAAAGAGGUUGACCAUAUUCCAUGGGUAUGGGGCUCUGUCCCACGCGCGCUUCGCGCGCGCGGGAGCCCCGCUAUAAAACUGAAAUGGAGAGUUUUAUUGGCGAGUGAAGUCGAAUUAAAUUUUCAACUGUGGAAAGGUUUUACAUGAUGCAGGGCAUACGAAAAGACAGACGUUUUCAGCCUGAAUAUGUUUCUUUUUGAAUAGUCAAAAUGGCUUUGAAUUAAGUAGAGGAGGUUGAGAAUCACUGCAAAUCGCAAAUUUUGCAGCUGUGUAAAAACCUGGACAUACAGUGCUCAAAACAAUGUCCAGGAAAGAAAAUCUCCUUUUCAUCGAGCAUUCUACGUGCAGUUAAUGUCUUAUAAUACUGUUAGCGACAUACAAAUGACAUGACAUGCUAUUAAAAUUUUGAACAAUAAUUAUUGAUUUAUGGUAAUACAGCUAUUAAGAGCAAGAACUGAGGAUCUGACAGAUCCGUAAAUAAAUCAGCUGUUUUCCCUUUCUAAAUCAAAAGUUACUGUAGAUUGUUCUCAGUGAAACAUAAAUUUGAAGGUGACGCUGCCUAUAAUAAAUCAAGGAACAUUUCCUUUAAAUAGAGUUUUAAUUCCACCAUUAUAAUUUGAACAAAUUAAUUAAAUUUUGCUUAAUAUGUAGUUCUCUAGAGAAUUAAUAGUACUUCGCUCCAUAAACACUCUGAUUCGAUGUUUUCUUUCUAUCAAAUCAGAUAUCGAUGUUACUCGGGGAAGAUGUCAUUUUAAUUUAAAAAUUUAAAAAUUUAAAAAUUAAAUUGCUUUGACAUAAAAUGACCGUGAGGUAUGUAAUAUUCGGCAACAUUGUUUAGAGAUUGAUGACAGUCUUUUCAUUUACAUAUUUACGGAGUAAGAAUGUUGAGAAGAAAUUGACUUUUUAAGGUAUUUGAAUUGACGACAAUACACAAAGAAUGAUUAUUAUAUUCACCACAGUCGAACCGGCUCAGUUAAUGGACACCUCCAGUCAGUGGAGAGCUCUCGACUGGGUGUACACUUAAAGCAGGUGACUGGACACCCCCUACACAUGCCUUGGCUUCACAUCUUUCAUAAGGAGACAUUCACAUUGAGAGGACACUUCCCGUAGGCAAAAAAUAAGUUACCCACAGCCACUGUCGGGGUCAGCUCUCCUUGUAUUAGUUUUUCUGGUUAGAAGAAAAAGAGGGACCCACUUUGCUUCUGUUCAUGUUUGUUUUUAAUGUCAUUAUCUUUCUUAUCUGAUUUAAUAAAUAAUUAAAUGCACUCUUUACAUUGAAUCCAAUUUUCUCACCUUCUAAUGAUAAUAUCUUAGAAACUUCAAUAACUGUUAUUGCGUUGCCUGUUUCUCUAGUACCAGAAAACAAUUUUCUUACUAAAAGUAGACAUUACAAUGCUAUCAUUGAUUCAUUUCACCGGCUCGUCAAUUCAAUGACAUAUCUACUGUGUUCAUUGCAUCUCCCUUUUGAAAGCUGUUUAUUGUUCUUUUAUGAGGUUUACAAUAUUUGAGGCUGAAACGGAAAGUAAAACAGUUGUAAAGUGCAAAUAAAUUUCCAGCUUAGUUAAAACUCGUUUUGGAGUUUUUGCAAGCCAAGAAGCCAAACGACAUCUCUCGCUAUCAACAGGCGCAUACCGUUCUUUUCCACUAUGUCUGUUACCAGUGAGAUAGUGUUUUUGUGCAUUCUCAUUUUUCUGUCCGUAGUCAUUCUUAUGGCCAAUACUUUUACUAUUUUGGUUUUCUGGAUUCAUCGCCACAAACUGAAGAGGACAUUCUUUCUUGUCAUUAACAUAACUCUUGCAGACCUUCUUGUUGGAUUCACUGCAAUACUUGAGACAGGAGCGGUAGUUGUUCUUCCGCGACUAAGCAAAACCAAUCACAAGGGAGACAUGUACAGUUUAUCGGCAUUCCUCUAUGCCUUUUCAUCAGCAUCUGUGUUCUCUCUUGUACUUAUUUCAUUGGAACGUGCCUUCGCUUUGAUCUGGCCGCUUCGACAUCGUGCAACAGGCACUAUUAUUUACAUAUACAUUGUGGCUAUCGGUUGGUUCGCUGGGAUAGCUAUGGGUGUAUUUUAUUUUCUAAGAAUGCAUAAGAUUUUCGACUUUGAGGAUUAUGCAGUUGGAUUCUCAGUUGUCAUAAAUUUCUGCUUGGUUACGAUCUGCGUGUCUUGCUUAUCGAUAAGGAAAAAAAUCAACAACAGAAAUCCAGCUUUAGCUAUUGAGUUCACUCGCAACGGGCAACGUGUUCAAUGUGAACGAAACACAAGACUGUCCAAGACAUUUUUUAUCGUGAUAGGUGUGUCUCUUGCAUUUUGGGCUCCUGGCGUAACAUUUUUUAGUGUAGCUAAGUUGUGUGCAUUCGAGUAUCCCCAGUUUGUGAAUUACAUCCUUGCUAUGUUACAUCUUAGUAAUUCUUUCGUUAACCCAAUGAUUUAUAGCUUAAGAAAGCCAAUAUUUAUGAAAACCUUGAAACAAUCAAGGAAUAAGUUUAAAAUUCCAAAUCGAUCGAAAAAGUACAUUAUUAGCAAUGAAAACUUGUAA